UAGUGGAUUUCUUUCCCUUUUUACUUUUUCAUUUUGCCGUAAUUUCCUUGAGGAAUGGAUGUCCUGGGCUGUAAGGGGAUUUGGUAUACUUCAUGAUGGUGGCUUUCUCUCAGACGUUCUUGGGUUUUAAACUGAGCAAGGGCCAUACGUUCUCUCUGCUCCAGCCUGGCCAGGCCCAGUCUGCUACUUACUUUGGAUUCCUACUGCUCACCUUGAAGGGACUCUUUAACUUACUGAGUUUACUCAUUCAUAUCUAUGCCAAAAAAAAACCCACUUCACACAGAAGCCGACUUUGAAAGUGUCAGCGGGUAAUACGUCAGUCUGGCUUAACUUUCUCUUGAGUUUGGAGAUCUAAUUGGAAGGGACAAGGGAGUGAUUUGUUGACUGAGGCAAUUUGACAUAUAUUAUCUCAUUUAAACACCCAGAAGAAACCCUGCAAGGGAGGUCAUAUGCUUUAGGAAGCUGACACUCAGAAAAAUGAAGUAAAUUGCAGAGUUUCCGUGCUCUAGAAUUAUAGUCUCUAUCAGCAGAUGCCACGCGUGUCUUCUUCCUGACUCUGUUGCCUUCUUCUUCCUCGCACGCGUGAAAUGGCUUCCAUUGGGAGAUCCACGCACCAUCUUUUCAGGCAAGAGGAAGGUGAAGGAUGAGGGACAAAAGAUGAUCAACAGACAAGCUAGCCACAUCCUUUUUUCUUCCUGGAUGUCCUGUGUGGUGAUUUCAACUUAACAUCUCAUAAGUUAGCAUCACAAGGCCAUCCUUUCUGCAAGGGAACCUGAAAAUGUGCAGUGUGUUUUGUUUCAUUUUGUUUUAAGCUGGGCACAUUGCCGCUCCCAUAAAAAUACAUUCUGUAGGUACAGCAGUGGGGGAGAAAUGUUAUUAAAUAGGCCGUUGGCAGUCUUUGUCUCAAGAGGUCAUUCUGAUACGAUGAAACAUUUCUGGUCUAAACUCUCCUAGGUCUUGCUUUUCCUCAUUUCAAAUGAAUUUGAUAGAAUAAAGGUUACUGCCCUUCUCUAAUCUCCUGGUACAAGACAGAGAUCCCACAGAUAGAAUUACUUCCAUCUGGCUUCCAUGCUCAAACAAGGUGCAUGCCAGGGCGGAGUGGUGACUGCUUGAUGUCCACAGCCAAAUGUGGGGAGGUGUGAUGGCAUUCCAAGGCUUCUAGCUGUAUAUUAGCAACAGGUGUCUGUGUAGACCAGCCAGCAGUCCCUUUGGUGAGGGCACCGGGAGGCCACUUGGAACGGCUGGAUGGCAUCAGCUUGCAGAGACGAGUGUAGCAUAUGUCGGAGCGCUAGCUGGAUGGGGAACUCUCUGGCGUCCUCCAGGUGACUCCUGUUCAGUCCGCAGUUAGCUUCCAUCUUCCAGUCGCCAUUCCCUGUGGCUUUCCUUGAUCCCCUGCCCACAUGCCCCAGGCCCGGGUGAGACCGGCUAUGGUGUAAGGAGAAGAAGUCAUGCCUCCAAAAGGUCCUACAGGUAUGGAUCUCUGGCAGGUGCUGUUGACCUUGGCAGUGGCAGGCUCGAGCAAUGCUGUUUCUGGGAGUGAAGCCACACCAGCGAUCCUUGGCAGAGCAUCCCAGAGUCUGCAAAGGGUUAAUCCAGGCCCAGGGACAAAUUCUUCUGGGAAGCCUCAGUUCACCAAGUGCCGUUCACCUGAACUAGAGACUUUUUCAUGCCACUGGACCGAUGGGGUUAAUCAUGGUUUGAAGAAGCCAGGAUCCAUACAGCUGUUCUAUAUUAGAAGGAGCACUCAAGAAUGGACUCAAGAAUGGAAAGAAUGCCCUGAUUAUGUCUCUGCUGGAGAAAACAGCUGCUACUUUAAUUCAUCUUAUACCUCCAUUUGGAUUCCCUACUGUAUCAAGCUAACCAGCAAUGGUGGCACGGUGGAUCAAAAGUGUUUCUCCGUUGAGGAAAUAGUGCAACCGGAUCCACCCAUCGGCCUCAACUGGACUUUACUGAAUGUCAGUUUAACGGGGAUUCAUGCAGAUAUCCAAGUGAGAUGGGAACCACCACCCAAUGCAGAUGUUCGGAAGGGAUGGAUAGUCCUGGAGUAUGAACUGCAGUACAAAGAAGUAAACGAGUCCCAGUGGAAAAUGAUGGACCCUGUACGGUCAACAUCAGUUCCCGUUUACUCAUUGAGGCUAGACAAAGAAUAUGAAGUGCGUGUGAGAUCCAGACAACGAAAUUCUGAAAAGUACGGCGAGUUCAGUGAGGCGCUGUAUGUAGCACUUCCUCAGAUGAGCCCAUUUGCAUGUGAAGAAGAUUUCCCAUUUCCAUGGUUCUUAAUUAUUAUCUUUGGAAUAUUUGGGCUAACGAUGAUAUUAUUUUUAUUCAUAUUUUCUAAACAGCAAAGGAUUAAGAUGCUGAUUCUUCCCCCUGUUCCAGUUCCAAAGAUUAAAGGAAUUGAUCCAGAUCUCCUCAAGGAAGGAAAAUUAGAAGAGGUGAACACAAUCCUAGCCAUUCAUGACAACUAUAAACCUGAAUUCUACAACGAUGACUCUUGGGUUGAAUUCAUUGAGCUGGAUAUUGAUGACCCAGAAGAAAAGACUGAAGGAUCAGACACAGACAGACUUCUCAGCAAUGACCAUGAGAAGUCACUUAACAUCCUUGGGGCAAAGGAUGAUGACUCUGGACGUACCAGCUGUUAUGAACCUGACCUUCUGGAGACUGACUUCAAUGCCAGUGACGUGUGUGACAGUACUUCAGAGGUUGCUCAGCCACAGAGGUUAAAAGGGGAAGUAGAUCUCUUGUGCCUUGACCAGAAGAGUCAAAAUAACUCACCCUCUGCUGAUACUGCCCCUACCACUCAGCAGCCCAGUGUGAUCCUGGCAAAGGAAGACAAACCAAGACCACUUCUUAUCAGUGGAUCUGAGUCAACUCAUCAAGCUGCCCAUCCUCAGCUGAGCAAUCCAAGUUCACUGGCGAACAUUGACUUUUAUGCCCAGGUAAGCGACAUUACUCCAGCCGGGAGUGUGGUCCUUUCCCCGGGCCAAAAGAAUAAGGCAGGGAUGUCCCCAUGUGACAGUACUCCGGAAGUGGUCUCACUCUGCCAAGCGAACUUCAUCAUGGACAGUGCCUACUUCUGCGAGGCAGAUGCCAAAAAGUGCAUCACUGUGGCCCCUCCCGUCGAGGCUGAAUCACGUGCAGAGCCCAUCUUUAACCAGGAAGACAUUUACAUCACCACAGAAAGCCUUACCACUACCGCUGGCCAAUCUGGGACAGCAGAGCUGGCUCCAAGCUCGGAGAGGCCCGUCCCGGACUACACCUCCAUUCACAUCGUGCAGUCUCCGCGGGGCCUCGUGCUCAAUGCCACGGCCUUGCCCUUGCCUGACAAAGAGUUUCUCUCAUCGUGCGGCUACGUGAGCACAGACCAACUGAACAAAAUCAUGCCAUAGCCUUUCUCGGGUUUCCCACAAGGUCCGUAUUUAAUGGUAAAGAGUUGGCUAGGGCGUGAGUGCUUAAACCAAAACAAUGUUUAAACUUUUCCGGGGGGGAUAGGGGAGUGGAUUCUAAAUGCCUUUUCCUGAAAUGUUGAAACAUGAUAUUAAAAAAGAGAAGAAGAAGAAGGCCUAAUGAGAUCGAUAUUCCUAUUGUGAAUUGUAAAUAUUUUUAAAGAACUGUCUCAAAGACUGUUUAGUGGCGGUGAUUGUCUUGUUAAUGUGGGUGUUAAUUUUGUGAUACUAAGCAUAGAAUGGCUGUUUUUAAUGUAUAGUGAAUCAUGCUUUUUGAAAAAAGCGAAAAAUCAGGUGGCUUUUGCAGUUCAGGAAAAUGGAAUGCAAAUCAGAGCACAGGCUAAUUUUUUUUUAAGUAAUUGGGAACUAAAAUUAUAGGUAAGAAGGCAAAAAAAAUAGUUUGGAUAUGUGAAACAUUUAUUUUGACAUAAAAUUUAUAAAGAUAUUUUUAAUAAUUUACACUUCAAGCAUGGCUAUUUUCUAUCACACGAUACACUGUGUACUGUAGUUCAUGCAGACCCCUGGAAAGAAUGUAGCAACUACAGUCGAAAGCUAGUUUACUGCUUUGGUCAGUACACCUAACGAAAAACAAAUAAACAAGUUAGUUUUUUACCAGGCCCUUUUUAUACCUCCCUAACCCCCUUAAACAGUUCUGAAAUGAUUGUAGUUACCUGUAUUACUGGAACAGGCAUAUCUUAUUUAAAUUUUUUAAAAACUAUUUGUUAGUAGAGAAAACUUAAAGACAGAGGCACCUGUCAAACCAAAACAGGCAGACAAAAAACUCUUUUCUUGCCCAAAUUUUGGUUCCUGUCAGAAAGCUCCAUACUAGGAGACGUGGGAAGGCGAGCCAGGCCCUCGGGGCAGGCUGCUUCGGUGCUCGGUGCUUGGGCUGCAUGUGGAGGGAGUUUUGGGGGCGGGCAGAUCUUGAGGGGUAGGCCCCAGAACCUCUAUUGUAGCAUCUCUUCAGACAGGACUUGAUUUUGUUACAUGGUUACCGAAGAAGGAAAUAAAGUACAAGAAGCAUUUUGUAAGUUGAAGCAGGUGGAAGCGAAGUUAAACCAGAUCGUGGAAUAAAAAUUUCGAGAAAGAGGUUUUUGUUUCAAAGCCGAUAGCCAGACAUAGACCCGCUCUUCCUGGUAACAAGAAACAGACGGAACGAGAUUUUAAAUCCCCACCGAGAAGUCAGAAAUUUCUUAAACCCAUAGCGGAAAUUUUCUUCCUCACCAAACCCUUUCUUGGGUUUAUUUGAAGUAGCAGACAAAGAAGUCUCCUCAUUUUUUAUUUCCCCUCUGAGUGGCUUGGCCUCAAAACGGCUAGUCAGAAGAAAAAGAAGGGGCCUGAAGUAAGGUAUAAAUUAUUGUUCAGUCCCUUAGUAAUCUCAGCACCAUUCGUAGGAGCUUCGGGAUCGCUCCCCAAAAGGUUUGUCAAAGGAGAAGACUCUCAUCUCACUGAAGAAUGCUUCUCACUUUAAGUUUGGUUUUGUUUUCUUUUUUUCUUUUUUUUUUUUUUUUACAUUUAGUGAAACUUUAAAGUUAGCUGUAACUUAAAUAGUAUUUGCCAUUUAGCUCAGACCUUUUUAGGAAACAGGCUUAAUGGUUGGUAAUUUUAAAUUCCCUCUUUCUUGCAGGAAGGACAGUGAAAAGCUAGAACUGGGUGUUCCAAGUUCAACAUGUUACUUUGUAAUAGGUGUUUAAUAGGUUUUCUGCUACCUUGCUGCUAUGGUUUUCUCUAAGAGCUAUGUAAUUUAGUUUCAUAUACAAUUUCAUCGGUGUAGAACCUAAUUCAACUUAAAACUGUGUGCUUGGGAAAACUAUCUUACUAUUUCACAAUAGGCUGACAACAAUUUCUAUAGCCAAAAAUAGCUAAAUACCUCAAUCAGUCUCAGAAUGUCAUUUUGGUACUUUGCUGGCCACACAAGCCAUUAUUCACUAGUAUGACUAGUUGUGUCCUGCAGUUUAUAUUUAACUUUCCUUAUGUCUGUGGAUUUUUUUCCUUCAAAGUUUAAUAAAUUUAUUUUCUUGGA